UCAAUCAAGAGCACGCCCAGACGAUUAGGAAAAAAAAAGAGCACGCCCAGAUGAUCGAAUCUAUGGCGCCGUCCAUGACUGCAGCUACAACUGCAAAGCUCCCGAAGCCUCUCCUUGUCAUCGCACAGAAAACAACCGUGUCCGGACCGCUAGCUUCUUUGGUCGUGUUCCGUUCAGACGAGUCACCAAGCACUUGUGCGAUCCGCAGACUUGGAGCGUUCCACCUCCGGACCCCCAGUGUUUUUUUUUUUCAGUUUUCCUGAAUCGAUUUCAGCGGUGCUAGCAGUAGCAGCUGUCGAUUCGUCGGGACCGCGAGGUCCCCUGUCCAUUUCGUAGCAUUUCCGCUCUGCCGAUCCCAGCCCGCGCUCCCUGCAUAGCAGCACCAAGUCUGGAUGGAAGCUCCAGGCCGGGGAUCCAUGGGGAACAAGAAGAAGACGUUCGUGCUCUACCCGUCGCUGGGCGUGGGCCACCUGAUCCCCAUGGUGGAGCUGGCCAGGCACCUCCUCCGCCGCGGCCACGGCGCGCUCAUCGCCGUCGUCGACCCGCCCGACGCCGACCCGGCGUCGGCCGCCGCGGUGGCGCGCCUCGCGGCGGCCAACCCGGCCAUCGCGUUCCGCCUCCUGCCGGCGCCGCCCAGCCCCGACGCCGGCGCGCACCCGGUGAAGCGCAGCCACGAUACGCUCGCGCUCGCCAACCCCGCGCUGCGGGACCUCCUCCGCUCGCUCCGACCCGCGGCCGACGCGCUCCUGCUCGACAUGUUCUGCGUCGACGCGCUCGACGUCGCGGCGGAGCUCGGCGUCCCCGCCUACUUCUUCUUCGCCUCCGCGGCCGGGGACCUCGCCGUCUUCCUCAACCUGCCGUACCUCUACCCCACCCUCCCGUCGUUCAGGGACAUGGGCCGGACGCUCGUGCGCUGCCCCGGGAUGCCGCCGAUCCGGGCGCUCGACAUGGUGAUCACGAUGCAGGACAAGGAGAGCGACCAGACCAAGGUCCGGCUGUACCAGUUCAAGCGCAUCCCGGAGGGCAGCGGCGUGCUGGUCAACAGCUUCGAUUGGCUGGAGCCCAGGGCCCUCAAGGCGCUCAGCGACGGCGUCUGCGUGCCCGGCCGGCCGACGCCGAGGGUCUACUGCAUCGGGCCGCUGGUCAACGACGGGAAGACGGGAGAGCGCGGCGAGACGCACGAGUGCCUCGCGUGGCUGGACACGCAGCCGGAGCGGAGCGUCGUGUUCCUCUGCUUUGGGAGCAAGGGCGCCUUCUCCGCCGCGCAAUUACAGGAGAUCGCCCGCGGAUUGGAGAGCUCCGGCAACCGGUUCUUGUGGGCUGUGAGGAGCCCGCCGGAAGAAGGCGAUCGGUUUCCCGAACCGGACUUGGAGCGGCUGCUCCCGGCGGGGUUCCUGGAGAGGACGAGGGGCAGGGGAAUAGUGGUGAAGAACUGGGUCCCGCAGGCGGAGGUCGUGCGGCACGAGGCGGUCGGCGCGUUCGUGACGCACUGCGGAUGGAACUCGGCGCUCGAGGCGAUCAUGGCUGGGCUGCCGAUUAUAUGCUGGCCUCUGUACGCGGAGCAGGGGAUGAACAAGGUGUUCAUGGUGGAGGAGAUGAAGAUCGCGGUGGAGCUGCAGGGAUACGAGGAGGUUGUCAGCGCGGAGGAGGUGGAAGCCAAGGUGAGGCUGGUGAUGGAGACCGAGGAAGGGAAGGCUCUUCGGGAGAGGCUCGCGGUGGCUAGGGAGAAGGCAUUGGAGGCUACCAAGGAAGGCGGUUCUUCGGUAGUGGCGUUCGCCGAGUUCUUGAGAGAUUUGGAGAAGAAGAGCAGCUACGGGGGGGGGGGGGGGGGGGGGGGGGGGGGGGGAUGCCACUGAUCAGGUGACUCAGUGCUAUACUUAACGACCAGUUAGUUGGCAAAAUCGUCAAGCAGAGAGCCACUGGUAUGCUAAAUGCAGGAGCUCAAUUUGAUUGUCAACUGUUAACUUUCUGAAUCAACUCGCCAAUUAUUGUGCUAAUCUCGUAUAGCAUAUUGUGGUUUGUGCUGAAUGUGCUACUGAGUAAAGCUUGCAGUUUUUCAUUAGCCCCAGCUUGGAAGGGGCAGCUACUA